AUGGCGGCUGUAGAAGGCAGUUUGGAGGAAGAAGCUCUGAAACGAAAAGAGCGGCUUAAAGCGAUGCGAAAGAAAAGUGGAGUAUCAGAUGAACAGGUAUCUGAGACUAUAAACUAUCGGGCAUUUUUAUCUUGAAGAUCAAUGACAGGAGGAGUUUCUCAGCAACAACAUCUUGUUGAAGUGGAGGAGGAUCGAGUCUACAGACUUCAGCCUGGGGAAUUCGAUUCGAUCCUGAAAGGGUGUAUUAACUUCUCUUUUUCAUUGAUUGACAGGCUUCCAACGAAAUCGAUCACUCAAGAGGAGAAAAAAGACCAUUGGAUGAUAGAUCAGAACCCGCGUAAGUGAUCAGCUUUAUAUGACAGGCGCGUAGCUUAACAGCGGGAAAUACUGCGAGUGCCAAAGGCGCGAGCUUCUAGGAGUUUCUUGGGGCAAUUACUCCCACAAAAAAUUUUGAAAUCUAGAUUACUGGAAAUGCUACUUUCAGUAGUCUCCACGUGAAUAUUUCAAACUUGAUCAAGUCUAAAAUAACUGGUAUUUUUUAUCAUAAUAACAAUAUUUCCGUUUGACUUGGAACAUUCGUACAUAGUGAUACAUACUGGCUAAGUACACAAAACGUUUUACAAAACUCGACGUGUGCUGCAAGGUAUCUCGGAGCAAAAGCUUAAGCCCCCCAGUUCCUCGGCUCCACUCUGUCCUUUUUUUAUAUGCAUGAUAGCCAGUGAGGAAAGCCUACUCUCUUCCAUGGUACAUCUUAUGUAAUUGUUUAGCCUUCUCAUUCUGCUGAUUGAACGCUCGCACUUGCACGAUGUCACAGGAAAAGUAGCCGCAAUCUUUAGAAGAAUGUACAGGUUAAUAGGGAAAUCAUCGGGAUCAAAUGCUUUCAACAGCUGUUUCAAGGAUGCAGCGCAUGAAUCAGCUGUAAUUAUCCUAGAUUGCAUCUUCAUCUUCUAACGUUCAAAUUUGGCAAAGAAGAGCUGUGGCGAAGGCAGAUCAUCUUUGUAUAGAUUUACUAAGUCAGUUAGCUGCUGAGCAGUGAUUUGGCUUUUCUAAAUUACAGAUGGCACUAACCUGAGCAGCUUACUAACCCUCACUGGCUAUCAUGCAUAUCAAGUACGAUAUGCCUAUCGAUCUGGACAAAGUUGUCAAUUUAUUUGAAGGCCUCCACCAGAGAGCAAAGUUUGCUUUACGAAGCGGAAUAGUCCUGUUGUGAGUUGAUAAUUAAGUAACCCAUGUUGUGGCCCCAGUGUAUCCUAGUGACCUAUUAUUAUAUGUAGUCAAAAAUAAUAAUCCCACCAUUGAAGAUAUUUCUUUAACAGGCAUUUUGUAUUUGACAAAUGAAGUCUGCAAAGGGGGUUCCCCUUCAAACCCCCCGUCCUACGUGCCUGUAUGAGCUAAAGGUUUCCUAGGAGAUCGAUCAGAGUUAUUUAAUAAAAUUUAAAAUAUGAACUUUAGCAUUUAUGAAUCUCUUGUGAAUAAUGGAAUAAUAAAUGUGCUUAGUUAUUUAACUGGUCAACUAUAUUAGGUCAAAGACCAAAGUAUCAGAUAAUUUUAAUAAAAUUUAAAAUAUGAACUUUAGCAUUUAUGAAUCUCUUGUGAAUAAUGGAAUAAUAAAUGUGCUUAGUUAUUUAACUGGUCAACUAUAUUAGGUCAAAGACCAAAGUAUCAGAUAAUUUAAUAAUGAUUAAAUAAAUAACAGAAACAAUUAAUAGUAUGGUAAUCACAAAAUACUAAAUCAUUUUUUGAUACAUCAUAAACAUUAUUAACUUAAAGGAAUAAAGAAAGGCAGGGACCAACUCUAGGGAAUUACUGUCAUUUUGUCCCCUGGUCAUUUAGCCCCAGUUACUUAGCCCCCUGAUCUUAAGUCAUUUCGCCCCAAAGGAUGAAGACAGUUAGCCCAGGGGGCUAAGUAACUGGGGCUAAAUGACCAGGGCGCGAAAUGACUGGUUACCACUCUAGAUGUUCUUCUUGUAGCCAUAAAUCCAUUACACGUAUAGGUCUCCUUAUUUAUAGUUUGUACUUUUUCUAGUCAAGUGUUCUGUGAGGGUUUACAGUUUUUCUGUUAUAUCUCAUGCUUUUUCCAUGCAUAGGCCUCCCUCAAGACUGAUAAAGUUUAGGAAUUACAUGCCGAAAGAUGAUUCGUUAAAGGAGAAAAAAAUACCGAAUACAAAACCCCUUUCAGGUAAACAAGUUAAGUACUGUAACCUGUUGAUCAAAGACAAUCUAUAUUAAUUAACAGUAAAUAAACAAACAAAUAAACAAUUGUUGUCCAUAGAAAUUGAGCUGAUUUUAGAGUCAUUGAACAGGGAUUUUGUCCAUAGGUUUUUGUAACAAGGUGCUGUACAAGUUGUUGUUUGUAGAAUUGGGUGCCCCUGUAUAGAUUUUUAUGAUUAGUAGGAAAAUGAGAAGCAUAUAUUUUGUGCAUGUUGUUAAAUUCAAUGUCAGGGCACUUAAAUAGUCAGUUUUAGGACUUCAGCAUGUAUUACUAGUCCAAGAGUCACUUUUAAGGCCUGACAAAAGUUAAAUUAUUGAUUAAUUGAUUAAAUCUUUCCUUUAGUUAAUUAAUAACUUGCUUUAGCACAUUGCAAUAUCCAAUAAAUGUAAUAAUUUCACUUCAUCAGAUUAGCUUGCAAAACAGAUCCAGAUGAAUUUAUUAGAAAAAUAGAUAAUUUGUCUUACAGUACUUCUGUAAUAAUAUUUGAAUUCUCCCAGAAAACUUCAGUUGCCCAUUGGGCAAGUUAUUAACAGGAUUCACUAGCCCGAUUACAAAAUCCAUCAACCCCGCGCUAUCAGACAUGACUUUCUUUGCACACUGAAUGUGUAUUGUUUUACAUUUUUAAACACAGUUGAUGAUGAAGUAAAGGAACACCUUGAAAAGGCCAAAGCUGAGAAAGUCAUAGAAGAAGUGGUAAGAAAUUUUAAGGAAAUAUGACAGAAUGGCCAAUACAUUUUGAAAAAAAUGCUUAUUAUUGCCAGAAACACAGACGUCAGACCUUUUUUAAUCAUAAAUUAUACUAGUAAUGUACAGAGUAUGAGAUUGAUCUCAAAUUGCAUCCAGUUGUAUAAAAAUUCAAAUUUAGGUUUAUUUUGUUUUGAAAUCAUCAUUUACAACUCUGGAGUGUUCUAAUCAUAGCACAAAACUAAGGAAGGUAUUAUUCUAAGCAAAGUUUACUCUGAAGAAAUUGCACAAUUUCCAUGUAACAGACCUUUUUUGUUGUAAAAUUUGACAUUCUGGAAAUUCCACAUGAUUUACUCUUUAAAUUAGAAUGCUGUCAAAUACCCUGCGAUGAUGGUCACUUUGCAUUUAACUUUUAUUUAAGUUAUGUAGUUGGUUGAGUCCUCUUUAAAAUUCAAGGCGUGGUCUCUUCUGUGUUGUCAAUCCCCUUGGCCUAAGAGAGAAACUUUGAUGAAGCUGAAUUCGAAAAGCAGUAAGGUUUGUAAACCUAACAAAGUCAACUCCAGCCACACCUUCACUCAAAGGCCAGGUCACAAAAUACACAAUUGUUAAACGGGCUAUUAUAUCUAACUUUCUUUCUAUUUUCUACAGGAUCUGGCCAACUUGGCACCAAGGAAACCUGACUGGUAAAUUACCUUAAAUUGCCUACAUGUAGUGCAUAUCUUAAACCCAAUACCGUGUAUUACACCACUUAGUGCAUGGGGUAAUGAAGCUUUCUAAGUACAGUAUACUGGGCAUUAUGUCAAUUAUUCAAGUAUACAAAUAAUGUACCAGCAAAGUGACAGCUUGUGUGUUUCUGAUAGUCGCAUCUGGUAAAUCUAGUCAUAGCCAAAUUAGUAAUAUAACCCUUACCACACUACUGAUCAUCAUUUCAGUUUUUUCCUCAAGGUUUGAUUCUUUGUUUGGCAUAAUGUGAUAGUGUGGCCUUACUGUCUUGUUACCUUGUCUGUAGCAGUCAGAGAUCUGGACUUGACUGCAGUUGAGUCUAUCAACUGUGGUCAUGCUUAUAUUUGUGUUAAAUGAUGAACCAAUUAAGAGCAAAUUAAGCAUAAUGAAUGAACAGUAAAAUGAGAAAUACUGGGCCAUUGUUAACCUCAUUGUCUCUAUGUGGCCAGUUAUACUCAACAAAAGUGACAAGAAUGAAGAAAUGCCAGAUAAUAUCUAAAAGGUGGUAAUAUUCUGUUCACUUGUAGGGACUUAAAGCGUGAUGUUGCAAAGAAACUGGAAAAAUUAGAAAAGAGGACCCAGAAGGCAAUAGUUGAACUCAUACGUGAGUAUCAAAAUAAAUUAUUAUACUGUAGGUGUACAUGGAUAUCUGGGAAAAUUGAUAGACCUUCCUUCCCACAUUAGACUUUAGUGGGCAUACAUAACAAAAGGAAGGCGAGUUUUAGACCUGGUGGACCUUUUUGUACGACUCAGUUUAUAUUUUCACUCCAAGUCCAAGCCUCGAGUUGGUGCCUUUGUUCAUGGAAAUGUGGGAAUGGUCUAUUCUCUUGCAAUGGUCUUGGACAAAAAAGUUAAGAAUAGGCAUUGCCAUAUCUUGUUUAGCCUGACCACAGAUGUUUUCUCUUUUUCUUUCUUUUGUUCCACAAAUUUGGCAUACAUGCCAGCUUGGAGAGAGAGCACAGAGGGUGAGAGCGAGCAUGACUUUCCCUACCCCCACAUCCUUGUGCAAGUGGUCAAUAAAUUCCCCAAGGUUUUUUUAUGUUCAUAUGUGCACCUGCUCCACCGUCUCUGAAGAGAAAAUAGAGGGUCUGUGAACAGGCUAAAUCUAGUUUUCAAAUAAAGCUGUCUAAAGCACUGGCAUGCAGUUACAAAUACUUCCCCCUCCACCCCUCCCCCCCCCCAAAAAAAGAAACAAUGUUGAAGGGCAGCUUGAUCAUUCCUACUCCCGACUAAACAACAUUGAUCAGGGUGGGUUGAGGGGAGGGGUCAUAGCAGUACUAAAUCCACGGAAUGGGCAUCCUUUGGGUGACAAUGUGCAAAACUUAACACUUUUUGUCCAAAAUUAUAGUUUUAACUUAUUCAUUUGUAAAUUUGAAUGACUAGUCAGCUACACAUGCUUGUAAAGUUUAAGUUAAGCUGUGUAAAGCAGUGUGGUUUUGCUUUACCUUUUGUAUAAAAAGUUGUAGAUGUGCUCAUCGUUAUUUUUUAUUUACCAGGAGACAGAUUACAACAAGGAGAAGAUCUUGCUGCAGCAGUAAAUGCGGCUGCAUCCGAACAAAACUAUGAAGCAGAGUGA